AAGAAGGCGGAUCACGGAAGUUCGUCCCUCAAAGCGGAAGUGAAGGCCAAGGCCCGUAGACUGGAGACUCUUCGGGCGGCAGGAGGGGAAUUUUCUCUCAGUCUGACAGCCAGGGAUUUGACAAGAAAGUGAAACCCGCCGCGCUCCUUUCUCAAGGUUUAUCCAUCCAGCAGGAGCCGCCUCUCCAUCCUUUUCUCACUUUCUUUCCCUGAUUCUCUGUCUCUCUCUCUCCUGAACUCUGCUGAUCCUGGUUCAGGAAAGCUUGUCGAAUCCAUCGAGUCCCCCUCUCAGAUCCAGUCAGCCUCUCCUCUCCUGUUGUCCAGCCUGUUGGCAUGGCGGGGCGAGGUGGACCAGCGCGGACCAACGGUGCCGCCCCCGUCGGGAACAAAAUCUGCCAGUUUAAGCUUGUGUUGCUGGGAGAGUCUGCAGUAGGCAAGUCCAGCCUGGUGCUGCGCUUCGUCAAAGGCCAGUUUCACGAGUACCAGGAGAGCACCAUUGGAGCUGCUUUCCUCACACAGACACUCUGCUUGGACGAUACGACAGUAAAGUUUGAGAUCUGGGACACGGCCGGACAGGAGCGGUAUCACAGUUUGGCCCCUAUGUAUUACAGAGGAGCCCAGGCAGCCAUCGUCGUCUACGACAUUACUAACACAGACACAUUUACUAGAGCAAAGAACUGGGUGAAGGAGCUGCAGCGCCAGGCCAGUCCAAAUAUCGUUAUUGCUCUGGCAGGCAACAAAGCAGAUCUGGCCAACAAGAGAGCCGUUGACUUUCAGGAGGCCCAGGCAUACGCAGAUGACAACAGCCUACUCUUCAUGGAGACGUCUGCAAAGACCGCCAUGAACGUCAAUGAGAUCUUCAUGGCUAUCGCCAAGAAGCUUCCGAAAAGCGAGCCGCAGGGUGGAGCGGGCAGCGGGGGACGGGCCCGAGGAGGGGUGGACUUACAGGAGACGGCGCCUCAGGGAAGAAGCGGCCAGUGCUGUGGAGGCGGAAACUAACCAGUGGACCAAUCAGCUGGCAGAUGCACCCGAGGACUGAUUCAGACACACACAAAAAAAAACACACACACACACACAGUAUGAAUCCAUAGUGUGAGACCCAUUCACUUACGACCCAGCUCUUAAAAAAAAAUAUGGCCAGCGAGACUGUACUAUACAGCCUCAGAACUGGAAACGGGCCACCCUUGUAAAUCAACAUUAAUGUUGCCCUCCCAAACAAAUACACACACGCGCGCGCAUACACAUUGAAACUACAACAUGUGUGUCUCUGCCAUCUAUGGUGAGUUAUUUGAUUCGUCCUAUGUAGAAAUGAAACGGACACGUGAUCUGAUCUAAUCGCACUUAAAAAACAAACCAAACGACAACAAAAGAGAAGAAAUUCCAGACUGCUGCUGGUGGAAAAGCAAGUUGUCUCUCUCUCCCUUGUAUUUUUCUCAUGUGUAUGACAAAUUUAUUUAACUCGCACUCCCUUUUGGUGGAUGCAUACUGCCAGUAUUGAGUUGCAUCUUUCUUCUCCUCGUUCACAUCUCUGCUAUUUGUCAGAGAUGAAGAGAAAAGGUCGAAGAAUGAGAAAGCAGGCCAUUUUUUUUUUUCUUUCUCCCAUCUCCACCAGGCCGUUCUGUAGAUUCUGUAUUAUUUCUAUUGUAUUAGUCUCUCAGACGUUCCACUACUCCAGCACAGAUGAGAUCCAGUAUAUGAUUUGAUAGGCUUAGAUGACUUCUUUUUCUAAUCAUUUUACAUAUAUCUUGUAUAUCGAAAUGCAUUAACAGGUGGCAUAACUCCAUUGUGUUGUUGUUUCCUUCUUUCCUUUACAUUAAUGAAAUACUUUUUUGAAAUCAGACUCAGAGAAAAUGAAUACAAAUUCCUCUGACCAAAAUCACAAAUAUUUACGAGGGGGGGGAAGAUAUGUUUUCUGUACUUGUAUUUUGUUUUUUUCUGUGAAUAACGAUCCCAAAUCAAUAGUCGGUUCAGCACCUUCGUAAGAAUUGACUUGUUUUUGUACCUUGAGGUCUCUUUGAGUGCACUGGGUAUUUCUUUGUCCUCUGACAACACAUGUCAUUUACCGUCAGUAUGGCUCCCUCCUGUUGUUCAUGGAAGGACAUCUUAUCUCGACUGGUGUUUUUUUUCCCAGCAUCGCUUGUGAACUAGCAUAACUAAUGUGAACGGUGACACUCGGACGUCUCCAGCAGGCGCUGAGGAACGAGGGAAGCAAUGGACAAACAAAUAAACGGAAAAAAACCCACAAAC